UUCCUACAGUACACAUAUACUAAUAACAAUUUGUAGGAUAUUGAACAUCGUCUUUGUGUGAUGUUGAUUUAUACAACAUUGCACGUAAUUAUUCAAUUUUAAAUGAUUCUAAAUAUGUACAAUUGUGCAGAGCAAGUGUUUUAUUAAGGAUUACCAUUGUAGUACUCGUAUACAUAUAUUUAUUUAAAUUUGUAUCUACAAAUAGAGAUUAAUAUGGCGACCACUUGGAAGAUAUGAAAUAUUCACCUUUUAUAAAUAAUUUGCAAGCACAAAAUCUGUCUAUUGAAAAGAAUUUAAUUAAGGUUGCAACUUUAAAGAAAUUGUUAUUUAUAAGUUCUAAUCCAUUAAAUACCAAGUGUUAAAUAUUGUUAGGAAAAUAUAAAUGUUAUAAACAUAAUUAAUAUUUCGAUAUUUAUAAUUUUGAUGUAAUAGAUAUAAAUUUUAAAGUACAUGUAGGUAUAUUGUGAACUUGAGCAUAGCUUGAUGAAAUUGUGAACAGUGAACAUUAUCUGUCAUAGUUUUUCUUCGUAUAGAUAGUGGUAGUGUCGUUCAAAAUGAGUUCAGGAUUUAUAUCAGAAGCUGAAAUUGCUGAACAACGAAGAAUAAGACAGCAAGAAUGGGAACGCGUAAGAACUGCAGAUCAACCAUUAGAGGCUCCAGAGGAACCAUAUGAUCCAAGAUCAUUAUACGAGCGAUUGCAAGAACAAAAAAGCAAACGAGAUGCGGAAUACGAAGAAGCACAUAAGCUAAAGAAUAUGAUCAAAGGCUUGGACGAUGAUGAAGUGGAAUUUUUAGAUUUAGUAGAUAGAACUAAAUUAGAGGAAGAACGUAAGAAAAAUCUAGAGGAAGAAAAAGAAAUGCGUGAUUUUAAAGCAGCUGUUGCUUCUUUGCAAGAAAAAUCGUUAAAUGAAAAAUUAAAACAAGAAUUAAAAAAUCCUCAAAUUGCAAAUAAAAACGUUUCGUCUGGAAGCCGGACAUCACAAUUAAAGCUAUUAGCUGGUGUUGUAGUCAAACGCUCAGAAAAGCAAAAGCAAGGAGAAACUACGCGAGGUGUUAAAAGAAAGUUAUCCGAUGAAAGUAAAGAUUCAUCUAUAAAUAAAGACUGCCAAGAAAGCGAACAGAAAACAAGUGAGAUUUUAGAAUGUGAUAGUAGCAUACUUCAUGAUGUCUCUUUACAAAAUAAAACUGUAGUAAGUGAUAUAGGUGGUAUGAAAUGCAUUGGUAUCUUACCGGGACUUGGUUCUUACGAAGAUUCUAGUGGUAGUGAUUGCAGUUCAGAUACAGACCAAGAUCCGGAACCAAAUCAUUCCAAAUAUGAUCUUCUCGGUCGAGAAAUAAAAGUUGUGAAAGAAGAAAUUGUAAAAGAAAAGAGCUGAAUAUGAAAUGCUUUCAAACAUU